CAUCCCAACAUUCCCCUGUACUCAGUCAAAAUGCCCGGCUCUUCCCACAUCGAGAACUACGACCAGUCCACCUACUGGACCGCGCCCACGCAGAACUUCCGGUCAUCUGCCCGCUUGCAUCUCCAACACUUCCUAUACCAGAACACCUUGGGCUAUCUUCUGGCGCCAACCGUCGAGCAGGCCGUGACCGCGUCUCAGCAGGAGCAGCCGCUGAAAAUCGCCGACCUUGCUUGCGGCAACGGCGUGUGGCUGACAGAGCUGCACUCGCACCUGGAGAAGCAGAACAUCGCUGCGCAGCUGGACGGCUUCGACAUUAACCCGAUCAACUUCCCAGCCGCAGCAUACCUUCCGGCCUCCGUGACGCUGCAGCAGCUGGACAUUCUCGCACGGCCGAUCCCUGCAUCGAUCCACGGCAUCUACGACGUGGUGCACAUCCGCGCCUUCGCCAGCGUGAUCCCAGACUCGGACCUUACCCCCAUGCUCUCCGUGGCGUCCGCGCUCCUCAAACCCGGCGGCUACCUGCAAUGGGAGGAGAACCGCGGCGACCUGUUCCUGGUCCAGGCGCCGGCCCCUGAUGUCUCUCAAGCAGCGUGCGACCGUGUGUCGCAGGUGCUCCAGGGCGGGCUCAAGGCCAAGGGCAUCAGUAACGCCUGGGUGGACGAGCUCGACUCCCAUCUCGCGCGGUUUGGGCUGCAAAACGCGCAACUUCUCGUUCACGACAAACGCAAGCAAGACUUCAAGGGUUGGACUGAGGACUACCUAAUUGUGUGGGAGGAAUUGACGGCCUUAUUCCCGCCCAAGGCCGACGCCCCGUAUGCGCCUGUCUCGCGUGAGGCCUGGUUGCAGAUGUUUGCUGCGGCUGUUAAGGAAACGGAACAGGGCGUCGUCGUUCAUCAGGGCAGGAUCUCGACGGCUGUUGGCCAGAAGCCGCUGUGAUGAGCUUUCUUUGUUGCGAGGGGGCUUUAUAGCUAGACUUGGUGAGAUCAGACUGUAUGCAAUCAAUGUUAGUGAAUGUGUUUCCUAAGCCGGUAUCGAGGAGGCAGCCCUCCUGCUUCUAGGACAAACAGCAAGCCACUUCCCUAAUCCUCAGCUCGGAAGGUGGAUCUUUUUAGGUGAAUGUAAGGAUUCGAAGCUCGACAUACCGAAAUAUAUUUUCCGCGGAUGGAGUUAAG